AUGGAUGUAAAGUCAUCCGUUGAGAAGCCAGAGGAUGUACAAAACGAAUUUGAGACCGGCAGCCAAGUCAUUCCCAUCGACAAGGCUGUAUCGACUCCGUCUUCGAGUGAUGACGCUCACACCAAGGCUUUGACCCGGAAGCUACUCUUUAAGCUCGAUAGCAGAAUCCUCCCUGUCCUUGCUCUCCUCUUUCUCUGCUCAUUUCUAGACCGGACCAACGUCGGGAAUGCCAAAAUCCUGGGCCUGCAAAAGGAUGUUGGUCUCAGCGACAGUCACUACGCCAACGGGUUGGCCAUCUUCUUUGCCUUCUACAUUGCCGCAGAAUUGCCCAGCAAUUUGGUGCUUAAGAAGGCGAGUCCGAGGAUCUGGCUGGCAUUUUUGACUGCCGUCUGGGGUAUCAUCGGAAUGUGUCUCGGUUUCGUCAAGAAUUAUGGAGGAUUCCUCGCCGUCAGAGCAUUCCUGGGUCUUGCAGAAGGCGGCUUACUCCCUGGCAUGGUUCUCUAUCUGUCAGGGAUAUACACUCGAGGUGAACUGGCUCUAAGAAUCGGUCUCUUCUACACCUCGGCGUCUCUGGCGGGUGCAUUCGGCGGCCUUCUGGCCCGUGGUCUUUCGGCCAUCGGACCCCGCGGUGGUCUGGACGCUGGCUGGCGUUGGAUCAUGGUGAUUGAGGGGUUACUGACGUUUGUUGCCGGUGUUGUGGCAUACUUCUUGCUCCCCAACAAUGUGGCAACUGCAUGGUUCCUAGAUCCCGAGGAACGAGAACUGGCGGCAAAACGGCUUCAUAUUGACACCUUAGCACACCUACCAGAUGGCCAUCACAGUGAAGGGACGGAAAAGUUUCGCUGGUCAGAAGUUGGCCGAGGAGCUCUCAACAUUCAAUUAUGGCUGACGGCGACUGCGUACUUUUCCAUCUUGUCGGGCUUGUACUCCUUUGGCCUUUUCCUGCCCACCAUCAUCAAGGGUCUGGGGUAUACUGCAAAUGAGGCUCAACUGUGGACGGUUAUCCCAUAUGCCGUGGCGGCAGUCAUCACCGUUGCCGUGGCAUUUGCUUCGGAUUAUCUGAAACUCAGAGGAGUGGUUAUGCUCUGCGUCCUGCCUCUGGCCAUCAUCGGGUAUGCGGCCAUCGCCAACGUGAAGGAACACGACAACAGCGCCAAGUAUGGCAUGACCUUUCUGAUGGCAACGGGCCUUUACGCCAGUGUCCCUCCUGUGCUUGUCUGGAAUUCCAAUAACUCGGCGGGACAUUACAAACGGUCGUCGACUUCUGCCCUCCAGCUUUCGGUCGCCAACGCAGGUGGCUUUGUGAGUGCCUUCAUUUAUCAAUCUUCUGAAGCGCCUCAAUACCACAGGUCCCAUACCAUCAUCCUGGGUCUGUUGGUUUAUGCGUGGUUCGCGAUCCUGCUCAAUGUUCUUUAUUGCUCCAGGGUUAAUCGCGAUAAAGCGAACGGAAAAUACGACAAGUAUAUUGGAUACGGAGACGAUCGAGAUCCUGAGUUCAAGAUGAUGCUGUGA